AAAUGCAUCGUGAUUCCUGUCCAUUGGAUUGUAAGGUUUAUGUAGGUAAUCUUGGAAACAAUGGCAACAAGACCGAAUUGGAACGGGCUUUUGGAUAUUACGGCCCACUCCGAAGUGUGUGGGUUGCUAGAAACCCUCCUGGCUUUGCUUUUGUUGAAUUUGAAGAUCCUCGUGAUGCAGCUGAUGCUGUUCGAGAACUAGAUGGAAGAACAUUGUGUGGCUGCCGUGUAAGAGUGGAACUAUCAAAUGGAGAAAAAAGAAGUCGGAAUCGAGGUCCACCUCCUUCCUGGGGUCGUCGUCCUCGAGAUGAUUAUCGUCGGAGGAGUCCUCCACCUCGUCGCAGAUCUCCAAGAAGAAGAAGCUUCUCUCGGAGCCGGAGCAGGUCCCUUUCUAGAGACAGGAGAAGAGAGAGAUCACUGUCUCGGGAGAGAAAUCACAAGCCAUCUCGAUCCUUCUCUAGAUCUCAUAGCCGAUCUAGGUCAAAUGAUAGAAAAUAGAAGA